AUGUAUGCUUUCCAGGGCCAGGCAAAAGUGUUUGCUCUGUUACCCUCUGCAAAAGAUGAAGAUGAGGUCUUUGUGGUUUUGGAAGGCUCCACUUUGCUCCACGUGCUCCCAACAAAGAUUCACACUAUGCUGUGCUUUAUUGUCCCAGGCGUGUCCUAUCUGACAUAUGUGGAGGAUGAGGCCCAGGAAUUUGCAGAAUACCUGGUUACCCAUGGCAACUGUCUUAGCCCUACUGAAUGUACAGAGCUGAUUGGUCGAUACGAUUUGAGAGACAGCAUCAGGCGGACGCAGAUGGACCGAAGAGUCACACUUGCUCUCGACAACCUACACACCCCUCACAACCUGCUUGGCCAAUCAGCACAAGAAAGUCUGUUGCACCUCUCAGUGCGUUUGGGAUUCACGAGACUGUCUGAGUUUCUUCUCUGUCAUCCUGGUGGUCUCAUGGCCAUAACCACGCCCAAUGAGGAGGGAGACACGCCCCUACAGCUGGCUCAGAAGACCAAUCAGCAUACACUCAUACAGCUUUUGACAAACCACACCUCCGGGAUGCUGUCCCUUUCCACGUCCGUGUCCGAUCGUGUUUCCGUCGCUCACAGCCAGAAAUCAGCUAUCCUGCUCCUGAGAGAGUGUGUGAGAGACUCUGCCCUUCUCAGCAAGGAGUAUUUCAACAGUGAGAGUGCGGAUGAAGACUUGGAUUCAUCAUCAACAUCAUCAACAAACUCUGGUGGGUUUCCUCAUGAAAUCCAGUCUGAUUCCGCUGCAAGCACUCCCACUGAUUCCAGUGACACCAUCAUAACCAGUAUUAACAUUAUGCAGAGUGGAGAGGAGCAGGCCUUGCUGGACAUGGAGAUUCCCAACUCUGAGUCACCAGUAACGAGUAGCCCCAGAGACACUCCCCUCUGCAGUGCUCAAGAUGAUCUAACUCUGCCAAGUUUAGAGGAAACCACAACUGAAACUGAAAGUCAGAUGAACAGUAACAUCGAGAAGACAACAGAGGAAGACAGGGAUAAAUUUGUCUCUCCAUCCAAGACUGAAACUGAAAAAUACAAAGUCAUCCGAACCUUAAGUUUCUUGAGGAGCCGGAUGGCCAGUAGCAAAACAAAGAGCAAGAUAUCCCCACAUGGUUACAUUGUCAUUGUUAUUGUUAUUGUCAUUCAUAUGAUUAUCUCUGCUGUAACUCACUCAGGUUCCUCCAGCCAUAGUUCUCCAUCACUGUCUCUCAGUGGAGACAAUAACUACAUGGCACACAGGAGGCGGAGUAACAGUGAGGGGUGUGGCCAUGACAUCGCUGUUAGGAAAAGCUGGUUUCUGGCCAGACAGUCUCUUCAAACUGGCCAGACUGCCCAAGAACCCUCUGAUGCUACAGAUACCUCUGAUCUCUUUGCUCCUCCAGCACCACUGGACUACACAGCGGAGUCGUGGAGCGUUGCCGUGGAGAAGGAGUUCUGUCGGAAUCUGGACAGACAGAUGAUCAAGCGCCAGGAGAUCAUCUAUGAGCUGAUGCAGACGGAGUUUCACCACGUCCAGACGCUGACUGUUAUGGCGGAGGUCUUGAGGCGGGGCUUGAUGGAGGUCGUACAGCUGGAGCAAGACGUGGUUGGUCAGAUAUUCCCAUGCCUAGAUGACCUCAUUGCAUUUCAUCAAAACUUCCUCGUCACCAUGGAGACAAGACAGAGGGCCUCGACUGACCCUGGAAACCGUAGAAACUUUCUUAUCCGUCGAAUUGGAGACAUCCUGGUAGAGAGGUUCUCAGGGGUAUACGGAGCCCAGAUGACAGAGAUUUACGGUGACUUCUGUAGCCGACACCCGGAGGCGUUGCGAGUUUACAAACAGCAGCUACAGAGCAACCGGAAACUCCAGCUUUUCCUCAGGCAGCAAAGCAGUAAAUCUGUCAUCAGACGCAGAGAAAUCCCAGAGUUCCUCUUGCUGGUCACACAGCGAAUCACCAAGUACCCAGUUCUGCUGGAGAGACUUCUACCGUACACUGAGGAGGGCAGUAUGGAGCAGCGUGAGUUACGGGCUGCGCUGGCAGGCUUGAGAGAAGUGAUCGCGGGUGUGGAGCGCAGGGUGGGCGAAUACCAGCGUGCUCGCAGGCUGCAAGACAUCGUCAACCGACUGGACAACAAAAGUUGCACCAGACUGAAGAGUGGAGAAAUAUUUAGUAAACAAGACCUCCAGAACACACACCGCAGACUCACACACUCCGCAGCAGUCACUUGCAGGACCACGUCUGGCAGACUCAGAGAUGUGCUUGCUCUCCUGCUCACAGAUGUGCUGGCCUUCCUCCAAGAGAAAGAGCAGAAGUUCACCUUCGCUGCCUUGGAGCAGAAACCGUCCGUGGUGCCGUUACGGAGGCUGAUUGUGAGAGAAGUGGCCAAUCAGGGCACGGGCCUGUUUCUCAUUAGCAGCGAGUCGUCUGUGGGACCGGAGAUGUAUGAGAUUCACACACACACUAAAGAAGAGCGCAGCAUCUGGAUUACGCUACUGCGACAGGCUGCUGAGAAGUCUACGUAUGUGACAAUCUGUUCAGUCCUGGAGGAGAAACUGAGGAUCUGUACCGGUACAAGUGGGCGAGGUCUUGCCUUCAGUCACCUGCUCGUCCAUCCCCGAUCUGAAAGCCUGCCUCAAGGUGUCGCUCUCGUAACAGACGCUCAGAAGGAAGGGGAUCUGACCAAGCCCAGGUGGAACAGCCCGUGUUUUCUGGAGCCUGUUUUAGUACCCUCACUAAGUCCUGCACAAUACGCAUACGCAGAGGCUGCAGUGGUGAUCCAGGACAGCUGCUAUGAAGUUCAGAAACUCCUCCUGCAGGAGGAUGAAAACUCACCCGCAUAUCCUGUCAGUAACCAUAGCGAUGGAAAGAGGCUUGCGGAGCAGCAGGAGUUGAGUAAGGGAGCAGGGGUACAAAGCUUGGAGAGACAGCAACGUCUGGAUCAGCGGGAGAGGGAGCAGGCCCAGCAGACGGAGAAACUGAAGAGAGAGAGGGAAGAGCAGGACGCCGAGCUUCAGGCGCUGAGGGAAGAAAUGUGGAUGUAA